UUUUGAGUCCGGCCUGGCUCCCUUUCGACUUUGGCUUUCUUCGCUUUCUCCAAAGCUCUUUCCUACAUCUCUGCUUAAUUUCUGAUCUGCUAGCGCGAAUCAAUGUACGAUUUUGUUUUCCCCUUCCCUUCAUCCAUGAAACGUACUUUUCUGUUCUCCUCAGUCGUUUUCUCCUUCUUUUCUGCUUCGGUGCCCUUGAUCCCUCUUUGCUUUCUCUUGUCCUUUUCACUUCCAUUUCACUUGCAGCAUCGGCAUUCACGGACCCACUCCUGUUGUGAUCGAACAGAUCCUCCUUCCCUCCUCAACCUCACUAUCAUUUCAUACCUGUCCCUAAUCUUCCUCUCUCGCUCUCGCUAACGAUAACAUCGCGGCAGAGGCACUACACGAUGCGGUUCACAUCCCUAUCCCUAAUUCUGACGGUGUCAACGAUCCUCUCAUACACACCAUCCUGUCGCGCCCAAGGCACCCUCCCUGCAUCAACCUCUUCGAUGUCAGAAGCCCCAGCAGUGGCACCAAUAACACAACCUGUAGAUUCGGAAGAUCACCCCAGGAUCAUUUUUAGCAAGGAAUCCAAAGUUCCUGUCUCGGCAAUGAUGCCCGCUGCAAGCGCACCGCCAUCACUGUCACGACGGUUUCUGAUGCCGUCCCGUUUGCUUCCUUCGCAUGAGGGUUCGAAUAAUGGAGAUGGUGCUUUGAAAUCGCACUUCGAGAGAGUAAAGCAUUCGAUAGAACAGCAGAAUCAGCUGAAGAAGCAGAGGCAGAGAAGGGAGCAUAAGCAAAAGCAGGAGCCGGAGAAACAACAGAGUUAUGAAAGAAGGACGCUUGUAAAGACGGGACCUCGUCGGCUCACAGGCGAACGACGAGCGGAUGACCCUUUCGAUAAUAUGCUAGUACCUUCGGAAAACUUUUCGACAUCUAAUUCUAAAGGUUCACCUUCCUCAAUCACCUCCUCCGCUCCUUCUCCACCAUCAUCGCCUCCACCUGCCACAGACUCUACCUCUUCAUCAUCCAACUCUGGGACAUUGCCCACACCUGUUCCCGAUGCACCCGUCCCAACACCUGUGCCAGACCGAACUACACCUCCUUCACAGCUCGCAUCGACUCCAGACCUUGAGCCGACUCCAGAGCCUAAACCUGACACCCCUCCUACCACGACUAUGACCACGGUGGACGCCCCAGAACCGAGCUCCGAAUCUUCAAGCCCUGGAGACAAUUCCGGAGCGGAAACGGCUAACGGCAACACGCAUGGAAGGGAUGGAUCGAGUUCAAGCAGUGAAACUCGCCCCGAGGAGGCGCCGGAAACGGCAAAGUCGGGCGAAGGAGAGGCCGAUGAGGAUGAGGGAGAAGGAUUGGGGGCGAAUGGUAACAGUAUGAGCCAAGGUCGAGCGACGGAUAAUAGUAAGGAGGAUACUGGAGCGACUGUCGGGAUUGUGGUGGGGGCAGUGGUUGUGGCGGGAAUGAUCGGUGUGUGGAUCUUUCGCAAAUGGAGGUUGUCGCCAUCGAGACAGUUCAAGUGCAAGAUCGCGGGCAGCUCCAAGAGUAGUUCUCCCUGUGCAGGUAUUCGUACCACAGAUCCUGCCUCCGAUUAUUCUUGCCCAACUCCUCCGCCUCCUGCACACGCACAUGCACAUCCACAGAUGAAGAAUAUUACCUCUGCCGCCACCGUGACUGGGGCCAUAUCCGCGGCUUCUGCAAUGCCCGACUCGGCGUCUGAAUUCCAGCAGCAGCAACAGCACCCUCACCUAGCUUUUCAGGAAUGCUCUUCCAAUGUAAUGCACCCGGAUGAAUAUGGGUACCAAUAUCACCAAUACCACUACCAGUUGCAGAUGAGUCAGCAGCAGGAAGAGAUGACUGCGGGACAGUAUGACGUGUACGGAUACCAAGAUCAGUAUAACUCGCACCAGUACCAACAAGACCCACAACAGCAUCAGUAUCAACAGCAGCACCAGCAUAUGCACUUGGCGCCCGGUGCUUCUAUGUCAGGUACUGGCGGUGGUAGCGCAGUGGGAGGCGCAAGGGCAGGCGGGGAGCAGAUGAUGGGACAUAGCGCCUAUGGAUAUGGGUCGGAGGACUACAGUCAGAACGAUCAGUUUUUGAAGGAGCUGCGUGAGUGAAACCGCCGAUCCGAUAACCUUAAAAACAGAGUAGAUCUUGAUGCUGCGCCCAAAUUUGGCACACUGAACGCAGAGAGCGGCAAGCUGGUUCUUCUUUCUUCGCAUCUCCAUCCGCGCUCACUCUCAAUCCUCGAUUAUUAUUUUAAAUUUCUGAUUUCACCAUCUCAAUACAUUCAAGGAGGGGGUCUCAUCAUUUCCCUUUAGCAUCUGCCUUCACAUUUAAGCAUAUACCGCUCACUUUUUUCAUUUAAUCAUUCCUACACUUUAUCCAUUGCAUCUACUCAUUUUACUUUAUUCUAGCAUAUGCAUAUCAAUAAACGGUAGCGAAGAGCGAG